UCGUACCAUCAACAACGUUCAUCUGCUUCCCACGGAAUUUGCCCGUCAUGGCAGCGGCCUUCUCCGGUCAGAUCCACAAUUGCAGCAUGCCGAUGGGUGCAAUCAGCCCGAUUCCAUCAACGACGUUCUUUUGGUUUCUACGGAACUUGUAUGUUAUGGCAGCAACCUUUCCCGGUCAGGUAAAGCUAAGGAGGGUAUAUGUCCUCCCGAAGCUACUCAAGAUACUGCGCACCUUAAACUAGAUCCACAAUUGCAGCAUUCCGACGGGUGCAAUCAGCCAGAUUCCAUCAACGACGUUCUUUUGGUUUCUAAGGAACUUGUAUGUUAUGGCAGCAACCUUUCCCGGUCAGGUAAAGCUAAGGAGGGUAUAUGUCCUCCUGAAGCUACUCAAGAUACUGCGCACCUUAAACUAGAUCCACAAUUGCAGCAUUCCGACGGGUACAAUCAGCCAGAUUCCAUCAACGACGUUCUUUUGGUUUCUACGGAAUUUGUAUGUUAUGGCAGCGACCUUUCCCGGUCAGGUAAAGCUAAGGAGGGUAUAUGUCCUCCCGAAGCUACUCAAGAUACUGCGCACCUUAAACUAGAUCCACAAUUGCAGCAUUUCGACGGGUACAAUCAGCCAGGUUCCAUCAACGACGUUCUUUUGGUUUCUACGGAACUUGUAUGUUAUGGCAGCGACCUUUCCCGGUCAGAUAAAGCUAAGGAGGGUAUAUGUCCUCUCGAAGCUACUCAAGAUACUGCGCACCUUAAACUAGAUCCACAAUUGCAGCAUUCCGACGGGUACAAUCAGCUAGAUUCCAUCAACGACGUUCUUUUGGUUUCUACGGAACUUGUAUGUUAUGGCAGCGACCUUUCCCGGUCAGGUAAAGCUAAGACUGGGAAAGUACCGUACUACACUGGAGCGCAAACAUUACCACGUGGAAUGUAUUCUGAUAGAGCCAAAAAUGGUGCCGCAAUUUCCACAAAACCUACACGAACAUACGGAUCGAAAAGUAACAUCGGCCCGGCAUUUCUAUAUUCAACGGAUCAGCUGUACAGCAUACCAGAUGGAUAUAUGAGCUCCCCCGAACGAGGAUGUGCAAGCAGAUCAUACGAAGAGCCAUACUAUAGUCGAUACAGUUCGCGAGGUAAUCCUGCAACGUCAAUUAUAGAUGAAGAACAGGGCAGAGACAUCACGAUAGCUGAUGAUCAGUAUUCCAUGUAUGCUGUGAAAGGCCUCGGAAGGAUGUCACACGCCGGAAAUCCAAUUUAUGAUCCAAACAGACCGGAAGAGCUGCAUCGGUUUAGGGUUGAGCAUAUGGAAAGGCAGCUAGCCAAUCUCACAGGCCUAGUGCAAAAAGCUUUAACACAAAAACCUCAGCAUCCAAUUGUAAGCAACAAUCAAAAUAUUGCUGUAAUGCCCGCACAAUAUCGUUCAGAUAAAUCCGUUUCGUUUGAAAAAUCCGUUUCCUUUAGCGACGAUAUUCAAGGAACUCCCAAAUCGUUUAGUCCUCAUCCUCUCGCUGAUUCAAAACCAUCAAAACCCGCUAUCAAGUCCUCAACUUUACCACGCACUUCAUCUCAAGAGCGAGACCGACUGAAACCGGUAUCACAACUUAAACCAAUAGUCUUACCAAUGAAUCAGUACAACGCCGAUUUAUCUCUGGCCCCAGAGGUGUACAACAACUUACGAAACUUGCAGAAGAAAGCGAAGGACCUCAGAACUGAACUUAGAGCAAUGAGAAGAUUAACACAAACACAAGUAGUUGCAAUUAGAGAAGAUAUCAAGAACACGUUUAUGAGAAUUCGGGCAACAUUGCUAUCAAGCAACGGUGGUGUACUGGGACAAAAUAAUAACGAGCGGGUAAGAUUUAAUUUUAAUACAAGUUUUUUUAAGAGACGUAUAAACCGAGACAACUACAAAUUUCAACAACUGACAUUCUGUUCAGUAAUAUAAGGUAUUUCUGGAAAGAUGCCGAAUAUUUCCAAAAUCAAUCCUGAACCAAAGUAAACCAAACGAUAUACGAUUAAAUCAUUUUUAUCAAUUGCGACAAGUAUCUAAUACUAUGUUCACACUACAGAGUUAAAACAUGUUAUAAUAAUUAGCAACAAGAAAAAACGUCAUCAAGAUAGCGUUAAAACACGUUUUAACUCUUAGUGUGAACGUAGUAAAAAAUUCUCUGAAAUGACCACGUCAUCAAAUUUUCACCUUUUAAAAACAAAAUGUUUAUUUGGGUGAGAUGCCGCAUGCGCGGGUGAGACGCUGCACCGUGGUCCUAAAGCUAAAAUGGCGAGCAAAAGUAUUUGCUGGCUCUCGUUGAUAUUUUCGCGAUUAGGUGCUU